AUGUGCUGGCUUUCAGCAGUCAUUAACAAAAAUGAUGGCAAUGACUCGGACAUUAAUAAUGUCCACCAAGCUUCCAGCACAUUUACUCUAGAUAGUACCUCAAUACAGCCUUUAAUGAGAAUCUUAGACUCUAAUUUGGUAACUGAUGGGUGCACUGAUUGGUCCAUCGAUAUCAAGAAAUACCAAGUUUUGGUGGGAGAGCCGGUUCGAAUCAAAUGUGCACUUUUUUAUGGUUAUAUUAGAGCAAAUUACUCCCUUGCCCAAAGUGCUGGACUCAGUUUGAUGUGGUACAAAAGCUCUGGUCCUGGAGACUUUGAAGAGCCGAUAGCCUUUGAUGGAAGUAGAAUGAGCAAAGAAGAAGACUCCAUUUGGUUCCGGCCAACGUUGCUACAGGACAGUGGUCUCUAUGCAUGUGUGAUCAGAAACUCCACUUACUGUAUGAAAGUAUCCAUCUCACUGACAGUGGGUGAAAAUGACACUGGACUCUGUUACAAUUCCAAGAUGAAGUACUUUGAAAAAGCUGAACUUAGCAAAAGCAAGGAAAUUUCGUGCCGUGACAUAGAGGAUUUUUUACUACCAACCAGAGAACCUGAAAUCCUUUGGUAUAAGGAAUGUAGGACAAAAUCAUGGAGGCCAAGUAUUGUAUUCAAAAGAGAUACCCUGCUUAUAAGAGAAGUCAGAGAAGAUGACAUCGGGAAUUAUACCUGUGAACUAAAAUAUGGAGGCUUUGUUGUAAGAAGAACUACUGAAUUAACUGUUACAGCCCCUCUGACUGAUAAGCCACCCAAGCUUUUGUAUCCUGUGGAAAGUAAACUGACAAUUCAGGAGACUCAGCUGGGUGACUCAGCUAAUCUAACCUGCAGAGCUUUCUUUGGGUACAGCGGAGAUGUCAGUCCUUUAAUUUACUGGAUGAAAGGAGAGAAGUUUAUUGAAGAUCUGGAUGAAAAUCGAGUUUGGGAAAGUGACAUUAGAAUUCUUAAAGAGCAUCUUGGGGAACAAGAAGUUUCCAUCUCAUUAAUUGUGGACUCUGUGGAAGAAGGUGACUUGGGAAAUUACUCCUGUUAUGUUGAAAAUGGAAAUGGACGUCGACAUGCCAGCGUUCUACUUCAUAAACGGGAGCUAAUGUACACAGUCGAACUUGCUGGAGGGCUUGGUGCUAUCCUCUUGCUGCUUGUUUGUUUGGUGACCAUCUACAAGUGUUACAAGAUAGAAAUCAUGCUCUUCUACAGGAAUCAUUUUGGAGCUGAGGAGCUGGAUGGAGACAAUAAAGAUUACGAUGCAUAUUUAUCAUACACCAAAGUGGAUCCGGACCAGUGGAAUCAAGAGACUGGGGAAGAAGAACGUUUUGCCCUUGAAAUCCUACCUGAUAUGCUUGAAAAGCAUUAUGGAUAUAAGUUGUUUAUACCAGAUAGAGAUUUAAUCCCAACUGGAACAUACAUUGAAGAUGUGGCAAGAUGUGUAGAUCAAAGCAAGAGGCUGAUUAUAGUCAUGACCCCAAACUAUGUCGUUAGAAGAGGCUGGAGCAUCUUUGAACUGGAGACCAGACUUCGAAACAUGCUUGUGACUGGAGAAAUUAAAGUGAUACUAAUCGAAUGCAGUGAACUACGAGGCAUUAUGAACUACCAGGAAGUGGAGGCCCUCAAACACACCAUCAAGCUCCUGACGGUUAUUAAAUGGCAUGGACCAAAAUGCAACAAGUUGAACUCUAAGUUCUGGAAACGUUUACAGUAUGAAAUGCCUUUUAAGAGGAUAGAACCCAUUACACACGAGCAGGCUUUAGAUGUCAGCGAGCAGGGGCCUUUUGGGGAGCUGCAGACUGUCUCGGCCAUUUCCAUGGCUGCGGCCACCUCCACAGCUCUAGCCACUGCCCAUCCAGAUCUCCGUUCUACCUUUCACAAUACGUACCAUUCACAAAUGCGUCAGAAACACUACUACCGAAGCUAUGAGUACGACGUACCUCCUACUGGCACUCUGCCUCUUACCUCCAUAGGAAAUCAGCAUACCUACUGUAACAUCCCUAUGACACUCAUCAACGGGCAGCGGCCACAGACAAAAUCAAGCAGGGAGCAGAAUCCAGAAGAGGCCCACACAAACAGUGCCAUCCUGCCACUGUUGCCAAGGGAGACCAGUAUAUCCAGUGUGAUUUGGUGA